AUGCCGUCGCCAAGUUCCAGUGAUGCCGAAUUACCAGUAGACGUCGAGAAGGAACAUGUGGAGCCUACCAUACCCGGAGGAGCACGCGACGUUUCGGCCCAGAGUGCAAAGGGAAAAGAUGAGGGACCGGUCGAUGGCGACAUUAGCCCCACUGAUCCCGUCGAGGAUUGGCAGAUUCCGCCCGAACCCGAGAUUCUUAAUACGGAGGCUGACGGUAUGGCCGGGGCCGUAAAUCGCGUGCUUAGUAGGAUAUCGACGAAAUCUAGUUGGAACCCCGGACCCCCGCCGGAUGGGGGCCGCGUUGCUUGGUUGGCUUGCAUUGGUGGCCAUUUUGCUAUUAUGAAUACGUGGGGGUUUAUUAAUUCUUUUGGUGUCUUCCAGUAUUACGUAUCAUGGACUAUAAUCACGUACUACGUCUCAGUGCUCGGUCGUCCACCGUCUGAUGUAUCAUGGAUUGGAUCAAUUCAAGUCUUCCUGACUUUCUUCAUCGGCACGUUUGCGGGCCGCUUAACAGAUGCUGGCUUCUUCCGUCCUGUCAUCAUAUGUGGUACCAUCUUCAUGACUCUCGGCGUCUUCACCACUUCCGUCGCUACCCAAUACUGGCAACUUCUCCUCUCGCAAGGAUUAUGCAUGGGCAUAGGUAGUGGCUGCAUAUUCUGCCCUACGAUAUCAACCGUCUCAACAUACUUCAACAAGAAACGCUCCCUCGCCAUCGGCAUCACAGCCUGCGGAUCCGUCUCCGGCGGCUUAAUAUUCCCCGCCAUGGCCCGGCAACUCCUCCCCACAGCAGGCUUCGGCUGGGCCGUCCGCGCAAUCGGCUUCGUCCAACUCACAACCCUAAUCUGCGCCAUCACAUUCAUGAAAUCCCGUCUCCCACCCCGCCGCGCGGGUAACCUAGUAGAAUGGGGCGCGUUUCGGGAAUUGGAAUACACGUUUUAUGCUGUAGGCAUGUUUUUCAAUUUCUGGGGUGUGUAUUUCGCGUUCUACUACUUGGCGGCUUUUAGUCGAUCCCAGAUUACGCCUACACUUGGGUACACGAAUUCAUUGAAUUUACUGCUUUUGUUGAAUGGAAUUGGUAUUUUGGGAAGAUUAUUGCCGAAUCAUCUUGCCGAUCGCUUUGGACCCCUGAAUUUGAUGAUUCCGACCUGUCUUGUUUGUGGCGUGUGUCUGCUUUCUUGGAUGGCUGUGAAAACGCCUGCCGGGGUUUACGGGUGGACGAGUAUUUUUGGGAUUUUUGCGGGAGCGUUGCAGAGUUUGUUUCCCGCGGGGCUUAGUAGUUUGACGACGGAUCUUAGGAAACAGGGGACGAGGAUGGGGAUGGUGUUUACGAUUGUGAGUUUUGCGGUGUUAACUGGGAAUCCGAUUGCUGGUGCGAUUAUUGGGAGUAUGGGGGGGAGAUAUGAGGGCGCGCAGGGGUUUACGGGGGCGUGUUUACUGGUGGGUAUGGGGUUACUUGCUUCUGCUAGGUGGGUGAGGAUGAGGAGGACGGGGAUGGGGUGGAGGGUUAAGAUUUGAAGAGAGGAAAGAAGAGUUGAUUAAUAUGGGAUGGGAUGGGGAGGUAGGUCGUUGGCGUAUAUGAAUGGUAUGUAUGCGUAAUGUGAUGGGAUGACAUGAAAUAGGGCGAAAAGGGAGUGAUCAUUAUCAUUAUUCUGCGAGAUGUCAUCUUUGGGGUUUGCAUAAGUGUGUUGAGAGUACAAAUGGAAUCUUUCAUAGAAUAGAGAUAUGACCUAACGUUCCAAAUUUACUACUUGAAGCCCGAUCAAGAUAUCGUGAAAUGAUAGAACGGUUGUAAUAGCAAUUGAAGUUAAGGAUCGUGAAGGUAGAAAGAAUGACGAAUGUUGCAGUGAGAUCUCGAUA